AUGAUGAAGCUUCUACUCUUUAUAUUUGUGUGUUUUGUUUCACCAACACAGCAGGCACCAGUUCUGCCAUCUCUGGGUCUCCUCGAAAGAUCGGAUGGGGUUCUCGUGAAGGAAUACAUCAAUGCGAUCACCGCCUACGGACCAGGAUUGGGAGUUUAUACUCCCUACAGCUACGUAGACGUCUCCUAUGACAAUAUUCCGUUCGUUGGGAAAAUUCCGAUUAUCGGAAAAGACGGAACAUCGUCGAGACUCGGAGUCUCCCCAUUCUAUCCCCCAGGUGGAAAUCCAUCGAAUCCAUGGCCACCAAUUUAUAAAGCCCGCCCUCUCCCACUCCACGUUCCAGAACCCCAAGACGUCGUCGCCGUGCCUCUCGACGAAGAAGCACUCCACGGAGAGCCUCUCUUCCCACCAGAGCUCACACUCCCCAGUGAAAAGGCUGCAGAGGAAGCAGCGAAAAAGAAGCUUCUCGAAACUCAAAAACCACAAAAUCCGUUCGCCGAUGUGGAUGAGCAACGAGUGGAUACUGUGGAUUGGCCAUCGCCAGUUUCGGCGAUGAGCACAAUGGACGAGGAAGUUCCGGGGAAGAAUAUGGUUCUGGGUUCGUUUUCAACUUUUUUACCAGUAAAAAUUGUUCAUGCGCCUUUAAUACCGUAG